AUGAAGGAGGAAGGAGCUGGUGGUCUUGUUGUUAGUGUCAAACUGUUGUCAUUGGCAAUGGCAAAACAGGUUGUAGAAGGUAGUGUAUGUCAUGGUGACAAUGAUAGUGACAAGUUUCGCAAACAAGAAACAAUGAUGCACAUGCACACAACAAAUAAAGGACCUAUAACAAAGAGCAACAAUCUGGCACACAAUGACGACAUUAACAGUGGCAAACAGUGGCAAACAGUGAUAUCAAAUGAUGGUGGGACAACAAGGACAACAAGGUUUUAUGUUCACGACAUGGUGAAGUGA